CGACUGCUGCCCGCCCUCUCCCCUCCUCCGCCAUUCCUCCGUUCUCUCCUUUUCCUUUAUUCCCCGGCCCCUACUAAUAAUCUCCGGUCUACCCUAGUUGUGCCCAAUUACUCUUUCCCCUGCAGCUAGUAAACCUCGAUUUCUACCACCUGCGAAGAUAGGGGAAGUGUGUGCGUGUGCGCUUCAGCCCAUUCGUCAUGGCGUCCCAAACCCCGGCCGUUGUCAUGGACAACGGAACUGGUUAUUCCAAGCUCGGUUUCGCCGGUAACGACUCGCCCUCGUUCGUCUUCCCCACGGCAAUUGCUAGCAAAGGUGGCCCCGGCAGCUCCGGCGGCGCGACCAGGCCCGCCGUCGCAAACAAGCCCUCGUUUUUGGCCGGAGGUGGUGGAGCAGGCUCACACCUGUCCUCAAAGCGUGGCACGGAGGACCUGGAUUUCUUCAUUGGCGACGAAGCUCUGGCUGCCGCCAAUGGACCCGGAUAUGGCAUCAACUAUCCCAUCCGCCACGGUCAGAUUGAGAACUGGGAUGCGAUGGAACGGUUCUGGUCGAACUCGAUCUUCAAGUACUUGCGCGUCGAGCCCGAGGAUCACUACUUCCUUCUCACUGAACCGCCCCUGAAUCCCCCCGAGAACCGUGAGAACACUGCGGAGAUCAUGUUCGAGUCCUUCAACUGCGCCGGUCUUUACAUCGCCGUCCAAGCCGUGCUUGCGCUCGCCGCCUCGUGGACUUCCUCCAAGGUGACCGACCGGUCUCUCACCGGAACCGUCAUCGAUUCCGGUGACGGUGUCACCCACGUUAUCCCCGUCGCCGAAGGAUAUGUCAUCGGAUCGUCCAUCAAGAGUAUACCGAUUGCCGGUCGAGACAUCACCUAUUUCGUACAGAGCCUGCUGCGUGACCGAGGCGAGCCCGAUAGCAGCUUGAAGACGGCCGAGAAAGUGAAGGAGGAGUACUGCUACGUCAGCCCUGACAUCGUCAAGGAAUUCGCCCGCUACGACCGCGAGCCGGACCGUCUCCUCAAGCACACCGUGACCUCCCCCAACGGCCGCAGCGUGCAAAUCGAUGUUGGAUACGAACGAUUCCUGGCCCCCGAGAUCUUCUUCAACCCCGAAAUCUACUCCUCCGACUUCCUGACCCCCCUGCCGACCGUCGUCGACGGCGUCAUCCAGUCCUCCCCCAUCGACGUUCGGCGAGGCCUGUAUAAGAACAUCGUUCUGUCCGGAGGUUCCACGCUAUACAAGGACUUUGGCCGACGCUUACAGCGUGACAUCCGGCACCUGGUGGACGCGCGUAUCCGGGCCUCGGAGGCACGCAGCGGCGGAGCUCGAAGCGGUGGAUUGGACGUGGCCGUCGUGACGCACAAGAGACAGAGACACGGUCCGUGGUUCGGAGGAAGCUUGCUGGGCCAGACGCCCGAAUUCCGAAGCUACUGCCACACCAAGGCAGAAUACGACGAAAUAGGCCCCAGCAUUGUCCGGAGAUUCGCUCUUCUCGGUGGCCCCGGCAGCUCGUAAAACUUGCAAGAUCAAUCCGCCUGUCAAAGAAUAUGUCUACCUAUUAUCUUCGCUAGCUACUAUUUUUUGCCCUUGUCUAUAGUAUACUUGUUCCUUAGGUUUCUCUUCACGAGUAUCAAGAAAUAAACUUUCGCU